GUUACAAAUUUUGGCACGCCCGGUGGGACAUCUCUACCUCUCAUCUCUUCUCUCUCUCGAAGAUCCUCGAAGUGUUGCAGUGACUGCUCUACGUUCACAAUGAAGAUUGCUUCUUCGGAUUCAUCAAGUGUGGGCUUAGGUACAAGGAGUAUGGCUAAGAAGCUGCAAGCAUCCUCCGAGACUAACUCGACGCCUCAAACCAUUCAGAAAGGCUUACCACCUCUUGUCAACACAAGCGCAGACGUGGAAGGUUCAAAACGAGAGAUUUCACAGCCCACGCCUCGUUCAACAUCAAGCUACUCAGAGGUGGCAUCCGUCAUGACAACAAACGCUACAACCAUGGAGGAGCAAAUUGCAAGUUUGACAAAGGCCAUUGAGGGACUCGCAAAGCAUGUUCAACAACGAGAUUCUGAAAUUGCCGAGUUGAUCAACAAGAUGGACAAAGCCGAUGCUAGUCAAGCUGUGGAGAAUCAGAUAGAGGUUCAAGACGAAGUCGAGACAUCCAAGGAAUGCAAUGGGGACUCCGAUAUAUCCUUCAAGUAAUUCAACCUAAAAGUUUUGAAGAGUUGGCCACUCGAGCACAUGAUAUGGAGUUGAGCAUACUUGCAAAUCAAAUUGAAGAAUCACCAUUCCAAAAGCCGUACCAGCUCAAAGAAGUGCAUCUUGAAGAAGAACAAGAAAAUCAUGAGGAUGGGGGCAAGUCUUUUGAAGAAGCAACACCCUAUGCAAUAUGACAAGUCAAAUCAAAUGAAGCACUCCUUGACACGAGUUUAAAAGGUCUACAAGUCCAAAUCAAAUGAAACACUCCUUGACAC